UCCAUAUUCUUACCUCCAAAAGGGCGACAAUGGCUGAAAGUUCUGGGGAAGCAAAGGUCUAUCUGAGACUUGUCAUCGAUGAAGAGAAGAACAAGGUUGUUCUGGCUGAGGCCGGUAAAGAUUUUGUUGAUGUUCUCUUCAGCUUUCUAACUUUGCCAAUGGGUACAUUAACCAAAUUGCUUAAGAAGCAUAAAACAGCUGUUGGCUGUUUUAAUAACCUCGAUACAAGUGCUGUGGAUAUGGGCAUUGAUAAAGCUGUGGAUUUGUUGAGAGCUUCAUUGGUGACUUCAUGUGCUUUGAGCACUGCUUUAGGCGAUUUGAUUGCAAAGACGCCAAAGAAGGAACCAUUUGUGGAUCCAAAAUCUGAUCAUAAGCCAAAAGAUGGUACUGGGUUUGUGAAGAGAGGGACAAAAUUUACGGUGUCAGAUUAUCUGAUCGUUACACCUAAGAAGUCUAGCUCAACAUUUAAUUUACUGAAGAAGUUGAAGAUUCAAGCUGAUGAUCUUGAGGUGCAAGUCAUUAGCAUCAGCAAUGCAGAGGCUUUGAAUCUGUUGAGAGCCUCACUGGUGACAUCCUCUGCUUUAAGCUCUGCUUUUAGGAGUUUGCUUGUAAAAGAAGAUAGAUUGAACCCUAUUUCAAAGAGACCAAAGAUAGAGACAUGA